AUGGCCAACAUUCCUAUCGUGGUUGUCAAUACGUGGCCUAUUACUUCCGCCACUGACGCCGCCUGGCAUAUCCUGACAGGUCAUUCACACAAUGAAGGUGUUUAUGCAGAACCAACAGCCCUCAAUGCCGUGGUUGCUGGAUGCACAGCAGCUGAAGAAGAUCGCACGGUCAAAACAGUUGGCUAUGGCUGUUGCCCAGACGAGGAUGGGCAUACAACUCUGGAUGCAAUGGUAAUGGAUGGUCGGACAAUGGAGGUGGGUGCUGUGGCCGUCAUGCCCGAUAUACUACACGCCACACAGGUGGCUCGUGAAGUAUUAUUGUCCACCAAGCACACUCUGCUGGCAGGGCAAAAGGCAGCUGAUUUUGCUCGAUCCAGAGGAUUCCAGACCACUUCGUUAGACUCACCGGAAUCCUUUGAGUUUUGGAAAAAAUGGAAAGAGAACAACUGCCAACCGAAUUUUCGAAAACCCGGUGCGUGGAUGCCCGAUCCAUCAACUAGUGGUGGACCAUAUGUGGCGGUCCAUGGGGUGUCUUCUCCCUGUAUCCCGGACUCACAUCAGGCAAUUGCAAGUGAAGGUAACCAUGAUACAAUCGGGCUGAUUGCUCUGGACGCGACGGGAUCACUUGCAGUCGGAGUCUCGACCACAGGGUUGCGUCACAAAAUUCCCGGUCGCGUUGGGGAUUCUCCCAUCCCCGGCGCUGGUGGUUACGCCAACAACGAGGUACUAUGUUUGUUAGGAUUUUGGCUCGGUAUUGGUGCUUGGAGUGGUGCUGUAGUUGCCCUUACACCCAAAGGCGAGUUUGGAGCCGCCAGUGUUGGUUUCCCAAAUUUCCAAAUCUCUGUACGAACCCAAUCUUCUGGUGAAUGUGCCCAGAUAAUUCCGAUCCCAUCCAUGAAAGCGAAUUGA